AUGCAAAGAAAACUCAAGCUUGAGAUCAAGCGGCGUCAUGCCGAUUCUGCCCAAGGUUUAAAGCAAUGUUGCUUCCGACGGGAGGAUCCCUUAAAAGAGCAUUUAAACCUGGGCUGGGACUUGCCACAGGCGUGGUCUCGUUGGGCACGCCCUCUGGAUAGAGGACCCUGGAUCGCGGGAUGCGAGUGUCACUGUUCCAUCGGCAGCGAAGCGCGGCGCUCGGAGAUGGCGCGGCCGCCGUACCCCACGUAA